AUGGAUAAAAGGUACAUCUCGUACAACAAUGUGCACCAGCUGUGCCAGCGUGCGGCAGAGACGUUGAAGCCGCUGGACUUGGACUUGAUGAUUGCAAUCGGGGGCGGUGGGUUUAUCCCAGCACGGAUCCUGCGCACGUUUCUCAAGCAGCAGAACCAGCCAAAUUUGCGGAUUUUUGCCAUUGUGCUGUCGCUGUACGAGGACCUUAACACGGUGUCCACGCAGGAGGAGCAGGCGGGCGCCGAGGUCAAGCGGAUCCAGUGGAUCAACUACAAGGAGAGCGGCGUCGAUCUUUGCAACAAGAAGAUUCUGAUUGUCGACGAGGUCGACGACACACGCACCACACUGCACUAUGCGCUGCGGGAGCUGCAGAAGGAUGCCGCGCGACAGGCUCGCGAGAAAGGUUUGGAGGACCCCAACACGCAGUUUUUCGUGUUUGUGCUGCAUAACAAGGACAAGCCCAAGAGAGCACAGCUGCCGGCCGAGCUGAUGCGCAGCAACUACGUGGUGGGGGAACAGUUCCCGGACUGCUGGAUCGCGUAUCCGUGGGAGAGCACCGACAUUGUGCACCACCAACAGAUGGCUGUGCAGCAGGGCUACGAUAUAUAG